AUGAAUUUUGGUUACGAACUGCCGCUUGAAGAAGCAGCAAUGUACUUCAAUCUUCACUGCUUUUUAGCAAUGUUUUGCGAAUUGAAAGGUGCUGAUUUUUGCUUAAUUUGUUCGCCCUCGUUUGGAAUCCCUUCUUUAAUUGAAGAUUUGUUAGAAAAUUGCAAAGCAUUUUCCGAUUUCGGACAUUUAUUACUUCAUGCGAUGAAUAACUGUCCUGAAGAUGUUGUAUUAUAUGUCUUGGAUAUCAUUGUUGAAAAGGGAUUUGAUGUGAAUUAUAUUGACGAGAAUAAUAAGAGUCCAAUAAUGAUUGCAAUAGGAAAAAUCUUUAAGAGAGUUGUUAAGUCACUUAUUGACAAAGGAUGUGACAUAAAUAAGGAAUAUGAAAACAAUAUAUCACCAAUUAUGUAUGCUAAGAUGCUAAAUCUAAGAGACAUUGUAGAUAUUCUUAUAGAUAGUGGUGCUGAAGAUUAA